AAACUCGAGCAAUCGAGACGAGAGUGAGAGAGAGAGAGAGAGAGAGAGAUUUCAUUCAUUUCAAUGGACCCAGACGCCUUCUCCGCCAGCUUCUUCAAGUGGGACCCACGCGCCGCCACCACGCCAUCAGCUCUCCCACCACCACCACCCCAACAGCCCCGUCUCCUCGACUCGGUGGGCCCACAAGCCUUCUGCAGGCCCACCUCUCUGGGCGGCUUAGAAGAUUUCUUCCAGGCGUACGGCGUCCGCUACUACACCGUAGCGAAGAUGGCCGAGAUGGGAUUCACCGUCAGUACACUGCUGGACAUGACAGACGAGGAGAUCGACGAGAUGAUGGCUAGCCUCUCCCACAUCUUCCGGUGGGACCUUCUCGUCGGCGAGCGGUACGGCAUCAAGGCCGCUGUCCGAGCCGAACGGCGCCGGCUCGACGACGACGACACCGUAGCUCGAAGGCGCCAGCUGCAGCUCGGAGGCGCCACCGCUGACGCCAACGCCCUUGACGCGCUCUCCCAGGAAGGUAGAUCAGGGUUAUCGGAGGAGCCGGUGCAGCAGCAGGAGAAGGAGGCGGCGGGGAGCGGAGGCGGAGGGCUGUGGGAGGCGGUGGUGGAGAGGAAGAAAAGCCGACAGCAGCGGCGGAGGAAGGCGGCGAGAAGCGGAGGAAAGGAGGAGGAAGAAGAGGAGGAGGAUGAGGAGAACGGAGGAGGUGGUGGUGGGGUUGGGGAGAGGCAGAGAGAGCAUCCGUUCAUUGUGACAGAGCCAGGCGAGGUGGCCCGCGGGAAAAAGAACGGCCUGGAUUAUCUGUUCCAUCUGUACGAGCAGUGUCGGGAGUUCUUGAUCCAGGUCCAGAGUCUGGCUAAGGAGAGAGGCGAGAAGUGCCCCACCAAGGUGACUAACCAGGUGUUCCGAUACGCCAAGAAAGCAGGCGCGAGCUACAUCAACAAGCCGAAGAUGAGACACUACGUGCAUUGCUAUGCAUUGCAUUGCCUUGACGAGGACACGUCGAAUGUGCUUCGUAGAGCUUUCAAGGAGAGGGGAGAAAAUGUUGGGGCAUGGAGGCAGGCAUGCUACAAGCCGUUGGUGUCCAUGGCGGCCCGCCAGGGGUGGGACAUCGAUGCUAUCUUCAACGCACACCCCCGUCUCACUAUAUGGUAUGUCCCCACCAAGCUGCGCCAGCUAUGCCACGCUGAGCGCAGCAACACUGUCGGAUCGGCCACGGUGACUGCUGUGCAACCGCCCAUCUAGGCCCACUAAAAUGAGCCAUUGAUCAUGUAUAUGUAGGGUCAUUGGAUCAAGGAUUUUGCUAACUUAGAACCGUUAUUUCGAUGUUACAUCUGAUGAAAAAUGCAACAGGUUGUGUUCUUUGUGCA